UCUGCUCUUCUCCAUCCUCUUCCCUCUUCCCCUUCCCUCUUCCUCACCAUGAACACUUCCGGAAGAAUUAGAAGCCUCCUCUUCUUCUCCACUCUCCUCCUCCCCACCUUGGCCCUCUUCCUCUUCCUCUUCUCCUCCCUUGGCCUCGUCGCUAGGCCCCGGCAUUACGCGGCGACGCUCCAAACCCUACCCUUACACAUCCACCGGCGACACUUGCACGAGGAGAUUGCCCGUUCCCACUGCGAGGGGACGCUCUAUCCCGAACUAUGCGUCUCGACCGUGGCCUCGUUCCCUGACCUGGCCUCCAAGUCCGUGCCGCAGGUCAUUGCCGCCACCUUAAACCUCACCAUGGGGGAGGUCAAGGUCGCCAACUCGAACUGCUCGAUCAUCGAAAGGAGCUGGAUCAAGCGGCUUGGACCCCUCGAGCGGCGGGCGCUGGAUGACUGCCAGGAGCUCUUCCAAGAGACUAUGGAUGAGUUCCGCAAUGCAUUGUCGGACCUCUCCGGGACCCCCUCCGCAUCGAAGCACUUCCACGACUUGCAGACUCUCCUAAGCGGUGCAAUGACGAAUCAGUACACGUGCCUCGAUGGGUUCGCGUACAGCAAGAUGAACGUGAGAAACCAAAUUGAGAAGGGGCUGAAGAAAAUCUCAAACCAUCUCAGCAACUCCCUCGUCAUGUUGAAGAAGAUACCCGGAGCAAACAAGACUCGCACAUCAGAGGUGUUUCCGGAGUACGGGAGCCUCCGGCACGGGUUCCCCUCGUGGAUCUCAACUAAAAAUAGGAAGUUGCUUCAGACAUCGACUAAUGCCACAAAAUACAACCUCAUUGUCGCUCAAGACGGCACCGGAAACUUCACCAACAUCAAUGAUGCGGUCGCAGCCGCCCCCAAUUCGAGUACAACUAGGUUUGUGAUAUACAUUAAAGCAGGAGCAUAUUUUGAGAACGUUGAGGUGGUCAGCAAGAAGACGAAUCUGAUGUUCCUCGGAGACGGCAUCGGCAAGACGUGGGUGAAGGGCAACCGGAAUGUGGUCGACGGGUGGACUACUUUCCGAUCAGCAACCGUCGCCGUGGUUGGAAGCGGGUUCAUAGCGAAGGGCAUAAGCUUCGAGAACUACGCGGGACCCGAAAAGCACCAGGCCGUGGCCCUUCGGAGCGGUUCCGACUUAUCAGUCUUUUACCAAUGUAGCUUCAUAGGGUACCAGGAUACUCUGUACGUGCACUCCCUACGGCAGUUCUACCGGGAGUGCGACAUCUACGGCACAGUUGACUUUAUCUUCGGGAAUGCUGCGGUCGUGAUUCAGAUGUGCAACCUGUAUGCCCGGAAGCCCAACCAGAACCAGAAGAACAUGUUCACUGCCCAGGGACGGGAGGACCCGAACCAGAACACGGGGAUCUCAAUCCUCAACUGCAAGGUCACCGCUGCAGCGGACCUCAUUCCCGUGAAGUCAUCGUUCAAGAAUUACCUAGGCCGGCCCUGGAAGGAGUACUCGAGGACGGUGUUCAUGAAGUCAUACAUCGAUGACCUGGUGGACCCAGCCGGGUGGCUGGAGUGGGAUGGGGAUUUUGCGUUGAGCACGCUUUACUACGGGGAGUACAUGAACAGAGGGCCAGGCUCAAACACGAGCGCGAGGGUGACGUGGCCGGGGUACCGGGUGAUCAACGACUCAACGGAGGCCAGCCAGUUCACCGUGGAGUCAUUCAUACAAGGGACCCAGUGGCUCAACGCCACCGGGGUUAAUCACUAUCCUGGUUUGAGUUAAGGGGCAUAUUGGGAAAAGCCAAUUUCUUUAUUUUGGCCCUUCAUUGUGCAUUUGCAUUGCAUUGGUUCGCAGAUAAUUGCUUAGGAAACGGAUAAACCUCUGAAAAAAUUAGAGAAAUUGAAAUGUGCAUUGCCAAUGGCAGAGGUGUAAUUUGUGGGCACGCCGGAGUGCCACUUUCUUAUUUUCUACAAGGAAGAAUAAAAUAAAUUAAAAUAAUUCAUCUUUCUA